UGCAGGUAAGGUUUUGUCAUGGAACCUGUUGUUCUGCAAAUGCACACACAUGUGAGCUGCAAAGCAAUAAAAAGGGACUCUGAGUGAAGCAGACAGACAGACAGCUCAGCCGGACCCGCGAGAACGCCUGAGAGACACCAAGACGACAGACAACAUGGUGAUGAUGAAGAACUCCAUAAUCAUGGCGACCUGCCUUCUGCUUCUGUCGUCCCUCGCUCUUCAGUCUUAUGCCAAUUCCUUUGGCCCAGAUGAAUGCUGCUUCAAGUUCUAUCCGAAGAAGCUGCAACAGUCGCGGGUGGUGGGUUUCCGAUACACAGAUGCUCUUUGUCCCAUGGAGGGUGUGCUUUUUACAAUGAAAGCUGGUAAAGAGAUCUGUGUCGACGCAACCCAGCAGUGGGUGAAGAACAUCAUCAAGUCCAAGGAGAAGAACCAGGCUAAAGGAGCGACCAACUCCACCACCACACUGUCCCAGUAACCCUACCGACCUCAAUGUUCACUGAGCCAAGUCAAGAUGCUGGUGGAAAUAUUUAUCUUAAGCUCUCUGUGCACUGAUAAUUCUAUUAAUAUCUAUAUCUAUAUAUUUUUCAAUAAAUGCAAAAA